CGCACGAGAAGAGAGAGAGAGAGAGAGAGAGAGAGACCAUUCGCUCGAGGGAAAGGCGCGUAUAUAGCCUCAUCAGUCCCGCCUUUUGCUUUUCACCCUCCGUUAUAAAAAACUCUCUCUCUGGAAGAAAAAUUCGGUUGGUGCUCCGAGAAUCCAGGGUUCUGAUUUCGCCUCGCCGGUCUCCGUCGUGAGUUCCGAUUCGAUUCGCUGGAUAUUGACUUUCACCUGCAGAUACUUUCUUCUGGAGCUAUAAGUUAUACAGAAAAGGAUGUAUUUGAUUUGAAAUGAUGGAAGUGGGGUUCUCUCUUAUUCAUUGGUUGAUUAGUUCUGGUGCUGAUAGUCCCUUUAUUUUCGGAUGGCUUGUGACUGGAUCAUUCGGGCUUCUGGCUGUUGUCUACACGUUUCUCAAAUGGCAGAACAAAGUUUCUUUGAAUUGGGUUAAAGCUGCUGCUAGGGAGAAGAAGAAGGUAUGGAAAAGACUGAGAGUUCCACUUUCUCAUCAUCAGUGGACUGACGAUUACGGCUGUGGGCCGCAGCCAUCCACCUGCUGCGUUUGUCUCUACUCUCUUGUUCCGGGCCAGAAUGUUUCUAGUAAGGCAGCUCUGAGUAUCCCUGUCCAUCGAUGUUCUGUAUGUGGUGUAGCAGCUCACUUUUACUGCUCAGGCUCUGCAGCAAAAGACUGCAAAUGCGUUGCGCAGGCCGGCUCUGACCAUGUCCGGCAUCACUGGUCCGAGAGAUGGGUUAACAUGGAUGACAAUGCCGACAUGUCUGCGUUUUGCUUCUAUUGUGAUGAGCCUUGCGGUAUUCCUUUCAUCGAAGCUUCUCCAAUGUGGCACUGUCUUUGGUGCCAGCGCCUCAUACAUGUCAAGUGUCACAUGAUUAUGUCCAAGGAAUCUGGUGAUGAUUGUGAUCUUGGCUCUCUCAGAAGGGUAAUCCUCUCUCCAGUAAAUGUAAAAGUCAGUGGAGAAAAUGGGGUAGAUGGAGUACUGAGUACCAUUACAAACGAGUUAGCAUCUAUACGAGGGCAGGUGAGGAGAAAGCGCCAUAGGGGUAAAAAUGGGAAUGUCCAGAUUAUUAGUGGUAAGCUAUUGGAGGAUACAGCCAGCAAUCCUGUGAAAAGCGUAGUUAAUGGGAUUGUAGUGAAGAAGCUACGCAGGGACAGGAGCAUAGAUUGCUUAAAGAACGUCUCUGACAUGCCUAGUGGUAAGGGAAUGCAAAAUGGUGUAGGGGCACCUAAACGAAGUAAAAAUGCUGCUUUAAAUUUUAUGAAGAAGUAUAGCUUGGUUGAUUUGCCCCCGGAUGCAAGACCGCUUUUGGUCUUUAUAAAUGCCAAGAGCGGAGGUCAACUCGGCCCUUUUCUUCAUAGGAGACUUAAUAUGCUAUUAAAUCCAGUACAGGUCUUUGAACUUGGCUCUUGUCAAGGGCCAGAUGCUGGUCUAGACCUAUUUAGCAAAGUGAAGUACUUUAGAGUUUUGGUCUGCGGGGGAGAUGGAACAGUAGCGUGGGUGCUUGAUGCCAUUGAGAAGCGCAAUUUCGAAUCCCCUCCACCUGUAGCUAUUCUUCCGUUAGGCACAGGAAACGAUUUAUCUAGAGUUUUGCAGUGGGGAAGAGGUGUUUCAGUAGUUGAUGGACAAGGAAGUCUACGAGCGUUUUUGCAAGACAUUGAUCAUGCUGCAGUUACAAUGUUGGAUCGCUGGAGUGUAAAGAUUUUAGAAGAGAAAACCGAAAGUUUUCCAGCAAAAGAAGGCCACAAAUUCAUGAUGAAUUACUUAGGUAUUGGCUGCGAUGCCAAGGUUGCAUAUGAAUUUCACAUGAUGCGGCAAGAAAACCCAGAGAAGUUUAGUAGUCAGUUUGUAAAUAAAUUGCGAUAUGCUAAAGAAGGUGCCAGAGAUAUCAUGGAUCGAGCAUGUGCCGAUUUACCAUGGCAAGUUUGGCUUGAAGUUGAUGGAAAAGACAUUGAGAUUCCCAAGGAUUCAGAGGGUCUUAUAGUACUUAACAUUGGAAGCUACAUGGGCGGAGUAGAUCUUUGGCAAAAUGAUUAUGAACAUGAUGAUGAUAGUUUUAGCAUUCAGUCUAUGCACGACAAGACUCUGGAGGUCGUAUGCGUCCGUGGCGCGUGGCACCUUGGGAAACUACAGGUGGGUCUUUCGCAGGCUAGGAGGUUAGCACAAGGGAACGUAGUAAGAAUACAUGUGUCUAGUCCUUUCCCUGUUCAAAUAGAUGGAGAACCGUUUAUUCAGCAACCUGGUAGCUUGGAGAUAACUCACCACGGGCAGGUGUUUAUGUUAAGAAGAGCAUCAGAUGAACCCAGAGGCCAUGCGGCGGCCAUAAUGAACGAGGUGUUACUGGAUGCAGAAUGCAAAGGAGUCAUAAACGCAGCUCAAAAGAAACAACUUCUUCAACAAAUGGCUCUCAAUCUCUCCUAGAAGUACAAAUUUUGCUAACAAUGUCUUACGAGAUUUUUGCCUUGUUUUAUUUUUAUUUGCCUCUGGUGUUUGUGAAGAGUGUCAUUGUAUAGUGUACUCUGAUAUUGGCGUCAGAAAAGUGUUAACUAGAAGAGAGAAAAAAAACUUUGAUCAAUAUACAUACAGACAGACUCUGGUCGUCUUUUUGGUUA